AUGGUUGAUGCGUCCGUGCUAGAGUUGCACAAGGAAAACAUCCAACCUCUUGUAGGAGGCAGACCAGCUUCCAAGCUCUCGGAAGCGCUUCAGCAGACGUCGCCUGCGAAGCUCUACUCAUCUAACAGAGAGAAGUUUGAAAGCCAAUUGGAGAACCUAGACGAACUAGACGACCCGCUCCAGGUAUACUGCGACUACGUGGAAUGGACCCACACUUCAUUUCCUCAGGGAAGUAAUGCGGUGAGCGGCUUGCUACUGUUGCUAGAGAGAUGUACAUCAGAGUUCCGUGACACUGCGCACUAUAAGAACGAUCCUAGAUACUUAAAACUUUGGUUGGAAUACAAGGAUUACUCGGAUUCACCUAGAGAUAUUUUCAUUUACUUGGCCAAAAAGGAGAUUGGCAGGCUCUUGGCAUUGUACUAUGAGCAAUUUGCUGAGUACUUAGAAGCCAAUGGAGACUGGGAAGAUGCCAAAGAGAUAUACGAAGUUGGCAUUGGGCUUGAAGCAAGGCCCAUAAAGAGAUUACAAAGGUCUUUCAAAAAUUUCAGUGAGAGGGCCCGAAAUAGCUAUGGUGAGGUAGGCAGCACUAGAAGUAGAAGGGGCUUAUCAGUCAGAGACCUGCAAUCUCCACAUCGAAGUCAUGGCCCACAAUUGCACACACCAGCACAGGAGCAAACGCCGAAGCGGAAAUUUGAAAUAUUCAACGAUAAUGAAGAAAAGGACGUAUUAAAAUCCAUCUUUGAUAGCACGGCGAGUACAUCAAGUAUUCCUCAAUUGGGCACGAAGAGGUUGAGAACCAAGGAAAACACUAUGACUGCGAAGCCAUGGGCUGGCGAAAUAUUGAAGCAAAAGUUUGUGACCACUCUACCCUCCAGUGUCACCACAAAAAUACCUGUUUAUAGAGAUCUUCCUGAAAAUUCUACGCCGUCGAGCACGGAUGUUGAUCUUCCUUCGUUUACGGUUGAGAAAUUACCUAGUGGUGCUGUGCACUCGAGGAUUCCCAUAGAAGGGAAAAAGCCCGAAAGAAUUAAUAUAGAUCUCAAUGAGUUAUAUAGAGAAGAUGAAGAAUUCUGCUUGGAUGAAGUGAUAGCAGAAAAGAAAUUAAAAGAAAGAAGAAAUCAGCAUACAUCUUCUCAUUCCAUUAUCAUUCCCUUAAAAAAUGAAGAAGAUGAUUCAACGCUUCCAUCGAGACAGAGGCCAAGUUCCCCUACUUUGACGAUGUUCAGUCGAAUGGCUAACAAUGAAGUUUUAAACAUGUUCAAUGAUGCAGCGCAAACAAUAAAUGACGAAGGCGAAGAAGAAGAAGAAGGGUUCAAAACAGAUAACGAAACAACUAAUUAUGAUGGCUUUGUUACGGAAACCAUUAAUUUGAAAGAUGAUCAUCAACAGGAAAAGCAGCAGCAACGCGAACAAACCCCUCACCACGAGUCUAGAAGGAAGGUAGAAAACUCCACGCUCUUAGAGAGCCAAUCCACUCCUCCUACAGAUCAAUAUGAUACCACGCAUAGCUCUCCUUUCAUUGAGAGACCAUCCAUAGAAUCUACUAGUAACCAAUUUGCCACUUAUGACCCUUCAGAUGACGUGCUCCGUGAGGCACUUUUAAAGAAGUCUAAUCAUCAGAAUACAGCUCUAUACGAUGUUUCCUCUUUGAAGAUAGGAAAUGCGAAGAAGUUUUCAAAUUUGACUCACCCAUCUACCAAGAUUAUCCAAAAAGGCUCUUCAGAAGCGAUCAUAAACUAUUGUGGUGAAAACCAUUUCUGCUUAAGAUACGAAUUGGGCAAGGGAGGAUAUGGAACUGUUUACUUAGUUGAAACUGAAAUGGGAGAGUUAAAAGCAUUGAAAAUCGAAUCUCCAGCUACCAAAUGGGAGUAUUACAUGUUGAAUCAAAUACACAGGAGAUUUUUCCUUUCUAACUAUGAUAAGAGUAUUCAAAGUAUGGUGGUGAAGCCGGAAUCUUUGUAUCUCUUCAAAGAUGAGAGUUAUCUUAUCAUGGAUUACAUUUCACAAGGAACCGUCUUAGAUGUUGUGAACUACUAUAAAAAUAACAACCAACCGUUUGAUGAGACAGUAGCUAUAUGGUUUAGUGUUGAAUUAUUAAAAAUAAUUGAAAUCUUGCAUGACAUUGACAUCAUCCAUGGUGAUUUGAAGGCUGAUAACUGCAUGGUGAGAAUCCCACAGCAUGACUCAACAGAAAAUGGCGGUAUUACACUUAUUGAUUUUGGUAGAGGCAUUGACUUGACUCUCUUUGGAAAGAAUUCCAAGCCAAGGUUCAUUUCCAAUUGGAAAUCCGAUCAGCAAGAUUGCCCUCAAAUGAACAAUGGUGAAACUUGGAGUUUCGAAGCUGAUUACUAUGGGGUUGCCAGUGUUAUUCAUACGAUGCUAUUUGGCAACUAUAUAGAAGUACAACAGGUUGGACAGAGAAUACUACUCAAGAACAGCUUGAAGAGAUAUUGGCAAACUCAAUUGUGGGAACCAUUAUUUGAAUUGCUACUUAACCCUGGACCGGCAGAAGACUUGCCUAUAUCUAGAAAACUUGGAGAGCAGCGGAGAGUGUUAGAGCACUGGCUUCAAGAAAACGGUAGAAGCAGGGGAUUUAGUGAGAAGAUGAGUGCAAUUGAGCUGGACUUCACUCAUUCGAGCAAGAAGCUUCUUAGAAGCUUACAAUAG